UAUUAUCUUAUAUACAGUUAUGAAGAGCUUAUUGAACAUUGAAUAUGUUGAACAGACACAUAUAAAUACACAAUGAUUAAACAAUUUGAACAACCGUUCAAAGAAGAAAUUUUACUUAAGAUGAUCAUUAAUUAUAUUCAUUGUCAUACAUAUGAGAAGAUAACUGUUCUAUAGUGUUCCGAAGUCGAAUUGAUAUAUGCCGAAAUAGACGUGCUGAUAAGCGUUUUCGCAUAGUCUUGUCAAAACUUUUGUGAAUAUUAAAAAAAAUAAUUAUUUAUAUCAAUAUUUGAUAUUUUUGAGAUCUUAAAUAUUCAAACGAUAAUGGCAGAAAUUGAAUGGCCAUGGCAAUACAGUUUUCCACCCUUUUUUACUCUUCAACCUCAUACAGAAACUAGAGCCAAGCAAAUAGCAGCCUGGAAAAGUUUAAUUUUAGAAUAUUAUCGUAUCACAAAACAAUCCAUUAUAGAUAUACGUGAAGUACAUUCAAGCCCAGUAUUUAAUAAUGCAACAAUUAAUCGAAAGUUACCAUCAGAGAUGCUAUUAUUAAUAUUAGAAGAAUUAUCCAAAUCAGGAAAUGCAACUCCAUUAGAUAAAACAAAGCAAAGAUGGCUAGUUUAUUGGCAUACUUUAGAAGAAUGGGGUGAAAUAAUUUACAAUUGGGCACAGGAGAAUGGAUUCACAGGGUCUGUAUGUACUUUGUUUGAAUUAACACAAGGAGAGGAUACAGUGAAUCAAGAAUUUCAUGGGCUUGAUACAGAAGUAUUAAUCAGAGCGCUUAAGACAUUAGAAGCAAAUAAAAAGGCUGAGUUGAUUUUGUUUGAUGAUAAUCAAGGUGUUAAGUUCUUUUAAAUGUAUAAAUGAACAAAGAAAGUAUUUAAGAAGUGUAAAUAUAAGUUUUCAUUAUCAUUAAUUGAUACUUCUGUGAUAAAGGAAAAAUAUUUUAUACUUUCUGGAAGAAAUAAUUAAAUGAACUGAAGGAAUUCAUAAAUUAAAAUCAGGUAAACCAACAGUAUCCAGUACCAUAACCAUUGUAACAAGACCAGCUUGUGGAAUACCAGCAGCUCCUAUACUUGCUGCAGUAGCUGUUAUACUGUAAAAAUAUAUUAGAAUAUUACAAUUACUAGGACACUAUUUUAUAUAUUAGUUAAUUAAUAAUCAACAAAUCAAAUCAAUAACUACCUAACACCAAUGACACUGCCAAGAGUCAGUGGAACUCUUCUGACUUGAGCUAUAAAAAUUGCAGCCACAGCUUCAUACAAUGCGGUACCGUCCAUGUUGAUGGUAGCACCAAUUGGAACAACAAAUCUUGUAACUCUAGGAUCUACACCUAUAUCAUCUAAACACUGUAUCGUUACUGGCAGUGUAGCCGUGCUAUAUUCACAAAAAUAGAUUAUUCAACAGUUUAAAACAUUUUCUGACGUACUCUAUAUGUGUACAAGUUACCUUGAAGAAGUACCAAAUGCUGUGGCUAGAACUUGACCCAUUUUUCCUAUCAAUUUAAAUGGUAAUUUUCCGGUACAAAUGAAGAAAAUAAGAGAAAGAGUUCCACAACCAUGUAUAAGCAAACCUAGUAAUACUGUGAUGAAAUAUAAACCUAACUGGCCUACAAUAGCACUGACAUCUUCAAUUUCUAAAAGCUUUGAAGUAACAAGGAAAAGUACACCAAUUGGAGAUAGCCUGUUUUUUACCAUAUAACCCAUCUGGUAAUUAGCAUCGUUGCUUCAGAUAAGGUAUCAAAGAAAGUUAGGAGAGGUUUUCCAGCUUCUCCCAUUUUACUAAGUGCAAUUCCAAACACAAUUCCAAAAAAUACUAAACCUAAGGUAUUCAUACCCUCUCCAUAUUCAUGAGAUAUAUUCCAUUCAUAUAUACUAUUUACUAAAAACAAACAUUAGAUCACUAUAGCACAUACAUUAUUUGAAUAACAUACAAAUGAUUAAUGUAAAUAAUCUUUACCUCCUGUUGCAUUUUCAGGCUUUACUAAUAUAGUACGAUACUGUAACAGAAUAUGAGCAAUUAGGAUAUACCUUGAACACCUUUAGUAAUUAUAUAAAACAUCUUAUUCUUAUACAUACCUGAGCAAUACAAGCUUGUAUAAGAUUUGCUAUUAUACCUGACCAGAUCUAAUAGCGUGUCUAUAGUAGUAACAUCUCUAGGCGCUUUUGCAUCUCCUAUUGCAACUAAACUCUGUGUACUGAAGUUUCCAGGUUUAAUAAGUAGAACCAAAAUUAUACCAAGAAUUACAGCAGAUAUCGUUGUCGCCGAAUAAUAAUAAAUGGAUCGUAUACCAAUUCUUCCUAGAAAAUGCAUAUUACUUGUUUUCAAGUUACUACAUUCUGAUACAUAUAUGCAGUAUUUACAAAGAAAAUUGUUAUAAUUCUCAAACAGAACAAUAAGGAAAAACUUGAACAGAAAAAAAUCAAUGAUAAGACAUUUCAUUUAUGAAAGCAAUAAUAAAACAGUCUGAAGAUUCUUCUUCGUCUCAUUAAUGACUACAAGUCAAUAACUCAAAAAGAUAAAAGUUGAACAUCCGUUAUCAGUAUUGUUCGCGUUUCUCUGGUACCGAGCUAAAUUACGCCAGAAAAUACUGGUAAUCUGUGAUUUACCAUACCAAGUAUCUUCACGCAAACAAGUUUGUACGCCCACGCAACCCCCCUGCUUACGAGUAAUGAGAUGAAAUCUUCCUUAAAGAAGACAUAUACAUAUCAAUUACCAGAUAAAUUAAGGUCCAAACCGCCGAUGGCACUAACAAUACUAGCAAGAAUUAAUGGCAAGAUAAGUGCUUUCAACAUUCUAAGGAAAAUGUCUCCUGGAAAUUGGAUAUACAUGAUCUCUCUUUUCGACCAUGGUUCGCUCUUGGCAUUCCUUAAAAUGAAACCGAGAAUAACACCGGCUAUAACUCCAAGUACUAUGUUUGUGGAAGACAAUGAUAAGGUUGACGCGUGGGAGUGAAAGUGUGGAUAAGUUGGAAAUAUCGUGAAAGGGAUUACAACGACCCGAGUGUCUGCGGAAAUUUUGAAAUGAUUAGCCCAGCUUUUCACAUGGAUGCACCCGCCGAAAAGGGAAAAGGGAGUAGAAAGGUGAAAUGUAAGAUGUGAUUCGAAAUCAACGUUGAACCAGCAACCAAGCACGAUGGGAAAGUUCGAUUUAUAAGCGCCUAUGCGCGAGAGCAAAUGAAAUCGCAGAACGAGAGGCAACACGUGCAAUUCUUGUUCGGAUUAGCACAAGAGGAAAAGUGGUUACUUGAUAAGGAACGCGCGGUAUUUAAAAAAUUUCAAAUGAAUUCGAGUUAUUAUUCGUUCAUUAACAAUGAACAAUCGGUAACAAUGAACUACUGUGCAAAGUAUAGUUGAAUGUGUGAGGUAUAGAUAAAGCUGAGCAAUAUAUAGAUAAAAUUAUGAAAUGUUUCUAUAAAAAACGAUCCUACGUAGACGAAACAUCAGUCUUUGAAAUGUUGUCAAUUAUAUUGACUAAAAUCUGUUUUGUUAUGUCAAUACAGUAACAAGCUAUUAAAAGUUUUCCUUGAAGCAAAAAUUGAUUCUGAGAAAAACAUCUCGUCAGCCGUAAUUCUGUCCGAAAUUUUGUUUCUCAUGCACGUGGACCAUUGUAAGUUAAAAUGUUCAACCCUCUUUACUACCACUACCAUAGUAGAUACAUGUAUCAACACACAGUAAGAAAUCUCGUCAUAGUUAUCAGCAGAACAAAGGAGAUGAAUGCAAUAAUGUAUGAUUUUAUUUAAUCUUCGACUAUCGUCAUCGCUUUAAGAUGUUUUGUUCCUCACAUUUACUGCAAUUUGAUCAAAUUUUCUUUCAAAUUAUUGUAUUACCGAAUGCUUUAUUAAUAUCCACACAUUCAAUCUGAAAUACUUUCAUUAGUAUAUUUAUGAAAAGUGACUCGCACUUGUUAGUUGAGAAAUUUAAAAGAAUGACUUACCCGCUAAUUUAGAUAUAUCUAGGAUAGAUAGUCGUUAGAAGUUGUGCACGCAGCAAUGCGAUUCCACUUCGAUUGAAUCACGUUGCUUGCGUGCUGAUAUUUAAAUUUGGAUGCUGAACACGUUUUGGUUUAGACAGCGCGAAAAGUCGUUCUUCCCGCGAGCGCGAUUUCGUCGUACUGUCGGUGCGCUGCGUUCUCGCGGAGUGCCGGCUAUCCCAUGAAAACGUAGCCCUUCGUCGCGUGGAUGCAAUAUGUGUGCGUCAGAGAUCAUGUAUAUCGUUCCCUCUCCAUCACCUUUUUCGCCUGUAUUCUAUUUCUUUUUGUGCCCCAUCGUGUUUUUUAUCCCCUUUCGCCGAACUCUCGAUACGCGUUCUCCCUCCUCGCUGUUAUUCUGAUGUACCUUUGCACAUGUAGCCGUAGAUCCUAUAAUGACACGUGCCUGCGUGCGCAACAACAUACACGCGGUUUACGAAACCGCGUGUACCGAGAUCGCACACGCAUUCAGAAGAACUUGAAUGAAUGGUUGUACCAUAUGUGGGCAGACACUUAAAAGCAACCAGUAUAAACACGAUACAUUAAAUCGUGGCUAUUAUGAGAUAAUAAUUAUUUUCGGAGAAAACUAUUCAAGAUAAAAAUGUGCUGUUGCGUUACUGAUUAUUUAUUCAUCGUCUUUAUUUAAAUAUGUUUAUCAUAUAAAAAUGUUUCAGUCUCGAUUCAGUUCACAGAUAAUACUUUGAUGUUCCUUAUGUAUAGCACAGUAUUUAAAUUUCGAAUUUUGUUAAUCACUUGUUUCCUUGUUACUAGAUACAAAUGGUAACGAAAUUAUGUAAUAAAAGUGAAACGAAAUGUACACGCAACAUACGUCAACAAUAUAAACGAUGAUUUAAUUAAUGUACAAUUUACAAAAAUUAGUGUGAGAAUUACUUGACCGCUAGGAAUGAUGUUUGUAUAAUUGAAUUGAGGUCAGUCACGUGAUUCUUUUAAUUACUCUGCCCCUCCCCUUCUUUCUCGUAUAUUCGGCUAAAUUUGUUUCACUCAUUUUUGCUUUGCGAGAGGGGAACACACGAAUAUUACAAACAUCAAGGCUACUUCAUUUACAUUCAGGUUUGGUUUUUUCUUUUAGUGUUGAAAAUAAAGUAAAAACGUAAAAUGUUA